CUCAAAACCCUAGAAAGCAACAAAAUAAAAUAAAAUAUUAUAUAAAGUAUAUGUUAUGGAGAGGGAGAGAAGAAGAGAGUGAACAAAGCAACACAAAAAAUUAUAUAUAAAUACUCAAAACACCCCUCCUUUACUUUUGCUACUCAUUUUGGCUCCUCUUGUUUCUUUCUUUGCUUUCUCUCUUCUAUCUUCAACUCAUCACAAACACAAACACAUAUACACAAUACUCUUUUCUUCUCUUUAUUUUGUUGAUGUGAUAUUUCUCUCCACUAUUAUCUCUAACCCUUUUACAAAAGAAAAAGCUCCAAAGAGAGAAACUAUGACUUUUACAUCCAUACAAGCAGCUUAUCUUGAUGCAGCCAACUGGCAACAACAUGAGCAGCAACAGAAUCAUCUUCAACAUCCGGGAAACGGUGGUUCCGUUUCUCAACAAUUGUUUCAAACACCACCACCAGCACCACCACAGACGGAGUCUCAACCUCAUGGAGGAGCAACAACCGGUGGAUCAAUUAGGCCGGGAUCGAUGACUGACAAGGCAAGGACGGCAAACAUGCCUAUGCCAGAAGCAGCACUGAAAUGUCCACGUUGUGAAUCAACCAACACAAAAUUCUGCUACUUCAACAACUACAGUCUCUCUCAGCCCAGACACUUCUGCAAGACUUGCAGAAGGUACUGGACAAGAGGGGGUGCUCUAAGGAAUGUCCCAGUUGGCGGAGGCUUCCGAAGAAACAAGAGAUCAAGCAAAAGUAGCAACAAUGGUAACUCAACAAAGUCUCCGGCUAGCUCUGACCGCCAAACCGGUAGUGCUAGUUCAACAACCUCAAUCACAUCCAAUAAUAAUCACUCGUCCGCCGAUAUAUUAGGCCUUACACCUCAAAUGUCAUCAUUAAGGUUCAUGACACCAUUACAUCAUAACUUCAAUAACCCUAAUGAUUAUGGAGGAGGAGAUUUAGGGUUAAACUAUGGAUUUAGUUACAUGGGAGGAGGAGGAGGAGUAGGAGAUUUAGGAAGUGCUUUAGUUGGUGGAAAUGGUAAUCCAAUUUUAUCUUCAAGUUCUUUGGAACAAUGGAGGAUGCCUAUGCCUAUGCCAAUGCCUCAACAACAUCAUCAAUUUCCAUUUUUGGCUAAUUUGGAGGGUUCAAAUGGUAAUUUAUACCCUUUUGAAGGAAAUGUUCAAAAUCAUGAGAUGAUAACAAGUGGUGGAUAUGUGAGGCCAAAGGUGAGUUCAACUUCUGGAAUUAUGACUCAACUAGCUUCUGUGAAAAUGGAAGAAAGUAUUAAUAGGGGCUUUUUGGGAAUUAAUACCAUCAAUAAUAAUAGUAAUCAAGGAAGUGAACAAUAUUGGAAUAGUGCUGUUGUUAUUGGUGGUAACUCUUCUGCAGCUAAUUGGAAUGAUCAUGUUUCUGGUUUUAGUUCUUCUUCUAAUACUACUAGCAAUCAAAUGUAGAAUUUUAUAGUGUUAUGUGUGUGAAGUGAAGCUUAUUAUGGUUUUGAAUAGUGGCUUCAAUUUGAGUACAUCAAUUGCUUAUUUAGAUCAACUGAAAACCCUAGGGAUAUGUUAACUUCUGUUUUUUUUCCUUCUUUUAAUUUGGUUUUUAUUCUUAUUUUUAUGAUGUUUUUCUAUCUCCUUUUAAUAGGUUUAGGUUACUUUGUAUGAGAAGGUGGAAUAUAUAUAUAGUAACAAUAUUGUGAGUUCAAAUUAUAUCAAAAAAAAUAUUGUGAGUUCAAAAAGGAAUGGAUAUUAUCAAUAUUUUGGGCUGAA